AUGUCUGAUCCGAAGAAGUAUACUGUCGGCUGGAUCUGUGCCGUCUUGACCGAAUACGUUGCCGGCCAGGCCUUUCUCGAUGAGAAACAUGCGCCACCAGACGGUUUGCCAGGAAGCGAGAAUGACUAUACGCUGGGCAGAAUCGGCAAGCACAAUGUGGUCAUGUCUGUCCUCCCCAUGGGCUCUUACGGGACCACGUCCGCCGCGACCGUAGCUAAAGACAUGCUUCGCGAUUUCCCGAAUCUGCGGAUCGGCUUGAUGGUCGGCAUCGGGGGUGGUGUCCCCAGCAAGAAGCAUGAUAUUCGCCUCGGGGACAUUGUCGUCAGUAUCCCCGGGAGCGGACAAGGUGGCGUCUUCCAGUAUGACUUUGGGAAGGCGAUUCAGGGCCAAGGGUUUCAAAAUACAAGCUUUCUCAACGAACCCCCGGCGUUUUUACGCGCGGCUGUCCAAGGACUGGCGGCUCUCUAUGAAGAAGAAGGCCACGACAUCGAGGGCGCGAUAAGCAAAGUGCUGCAGACCAAAGGUCCCAAAAUGAGGAGUAAAUACAAGCGCCCUGACGCUAGCACUGACCGGCUUUACAAGUCCGCUUUCGUCCACCAAGACGACGACGCGUCCUGCUCUUCAGCCUGUGGAGACGAUCCCACCACCCUGAUCCAGCGGCCCGUCCGCACCGAAGAGGAUGAUAACCCUGCUAUCCACUAUGGCCUGAUCGCCUCCGGCAACGAGCUCAUGAAGGAUGCUCUCAUUCGCGACGAGCUGGCACAGCGAAAAGAUGUCCUCUGUUUCGAGAUGGAAGCCGCGGGGCUGAUGAAUAGCUUUCCCUGCCUCGUGAUCCGUGGCAUCUGCGACUACUCGGACUCACACAAGAACAAGGUCUGGCAGGGGUAUGCGGCCAUGGCGGCCGCCGCAUACGCUAAAGACCUGCUUUAUCGAGUUCCGGUGCAGAAAGUGGAAGCGGAGACGCGGAUCGCCCAAACAGUGCAGGUUGAACAGCAACAUAUUCACUUUGGGAAUAAUAACAAGGGCGUCCAGAUUGGCGUCAAUGAAGGUGAUAUCAACGGAUUAACAUUUUACCAAAGUCGCCAUAGAUGA